CAGCAACCAGCAACACGCUCAACGCGGGCCAUUACGCGUGCGUUCCUGCGCGCCCGCGGUCGCACUCGAGCAAAUUCCCAAUUGCGCAGCGCUGAACCUCGGCCAAACCGCCCGGCCGCCGCCAGCUCGCCGUUGUCAGCUCACCCGCCUACAAAGUUCCCAGGCCGUUCUCACAUCUGCACCGUAAGCCUUAGAAUGAUGGCUCACGACCGGCAAUCGGGCGGAGGGAGCGAGGCAACGGGGGCUAUUAAUCUCAGCUCUCUCUUGCGACUCCUCCGCCCAGACUCUCCGACCUCCGCGACCCUGUUGUAAUAUUCCUAAGCACCGCCCUACAAGCAAGCAAUGUCGCCAGCGCCGCAACAGCAGAACAUUGAUGCGACGGGCAAACCCCAACGCCUGAGCGCGGCCACCGAGACGCUCCACAACACUAUCGCGCACCCCGGCAACGUCUACAUCAACGUGCAGGGCGCGUACAUAGCCGACGACGACCAGCCCAAGACGCCGCUGAGCAUACACAGCGACGACUACGAGAGCGGCGGCCGGGACAUUCGCCUGCCCAACCACACCGAUGUCGUCAGCCACAUAGCAGUCGAUAUUGGCGGCUCGCUGGCCAAGGUGGUGUACUUUUCGCGCGACCCGACGUCGCAAGAGCUGGGGGGCCGGCUCAACUUCCUCAAGUUCGAGACGGACCGCAUAGAGGAGUGCAUCGAGUUUAUGCGCGAGUUGAAGCUGCACUACCAGACGAUCAAUGGGUCGAAGCCGGCGGACCUGACGGUCAUGGCCACGGGCGGCGGCGCGUUCAAGUACUACGACCGCAUCAGGCAGGCGCUCGAGGUCGAGGUGCUGCGCGAGGACGAGAUGGAGUGUCUCAUAAUAGGCCUCGAUUUCUUCAUUACCGAGAUCCCUUGCGAAGUCUUCACGUACAGCCCGGAGGACCCCAUGCAGUUUGUCGAAGCACGGCCAGACAUCUACCCAUACCUACUCGUGAACAUCGGAUCGGGGGUGUCGAUGGUCAAAGUGUCCGGGCCGCGGCAGUACGAGCGGAUAGGCGGGACGUCGCUGGGCGGGGGCACGCUGUGGGGGCUACUGUCGCUGCUGACGGGGGCGCGCAACUUCGAGGACAUGCUGCGGCUAGCGGACAAGGGCGACAACACGUCGGUCGACAUGCUGGUCGGUGACAUCUACGGCACCGACUACGGCAAGAUCGGCCUCAAGAGCACCACUAUCGCCUCCAGUUUCGGCAAGGUCUACAAGCGCAAGCGCGAGGCUGAGCGCGAGGCUGAGGACCAUGGCAAUCUGCUGGGCCACCACCACCACUCUGCCCCCGCCGUCAGCGUCGAUGACGAAGCUGCUGCGGCUGCGGCUGACAACGAGCAUGCCGCGCGCUCCUUCAAGCCCGAGGACGUCAGCAAGAGCUUACUCUACGCCGUCAGCAACAACAUCGGGCAAAUCGCCUACCUGCACGCCGAAAAGCACAACCUCAAGCGCAUCUACUUCGGCGGCAGCUUCAUCGGCGGGCACCGCCAAACCAUGAACACGCUCGCCUACGCCAUCAAGUUCUGGUCCAAGGGCGAGAAGCAGGCCUACUUUUUGCGGCACGAGGGCUACUUGGGGGCUGUGGGCGCGUUUCUGAAACGCCAGCCAAGGAAUUGGGGACGCAGGAAUAGCGUCGAGGGCGUGGGGGCUGUGCGGCCCGUUUUUGGUGGUGCGGUUCCUGCGGGGAGGGUUUCCAAUGGGGGUGGCGUGGGCGAGAGGGUCGUCGGGUAGGUUUGGUUGUGCGGAGUGCGGAACCUAGAAAUUGCUGAGGUUGGGCGUGCUGUCGUUGCUGCGUGGGUAGAGCUGCGUGUUUAUUCCGCGCGUGCUCCCCUUUGCUUUUUGGUUUGGUGGUGUUUUUGGCCCAAAAAAGGCCUUCUGGGUGGACUUUUGUGAGAUAACUUAGACUUUUUCUCAGUCGCGGCGCCACUGUCGUUACGCGUAUAGUACCUUAGUACAAAUAGUAGUAUAUUUAAUUGUCGGCUAGAAAGCGAUAUUUAUUUAUUUAUUUUUU